AAGCCCCCGCCCUGGCCAGGCCGUCGCAAGCACUCUGGAGGGCGGUCCGCGUGAGAGCUAGCCACGCGGGGUAGGAGCGCCCAGCGCCGCCAGAACCUCUCCCGGAGCCCCUCGUCCUCCCGGAAUCUCCCUCUCCCACCCCUUUUUGGAUGCCCUCGACGCCCACUUUGCUCCUCGGGGUUCCUCACGCCCUUUCCCGCCCCUGCGCGGGGCACCGCCCCUGCCACCCAAGUCCCGGCUUGAGCCCACGCCGCUGCCGCGCGUGCCCAAAGCCAUGGCUGCGGUGCGCACCGCACCUCUGCUCUGCGGCCUCCUGGCACUGCUGGCGCUGUGCCCCGUGGGGAGCCCACAGACGGUGCUGACGGACGACGAGAUCGAGGAGUUCCUCGAAGGCUUCCUUUCGGAGCUGGAGACCCAGUCCCCGCCCCGGGAGGACGACGUGGAAGCCCAGCCACUUCCCGAGCCCACCCAGCGUGCCCGCAAAUCCAAGGCAGGGGGCAAGCUUCGAGCAGAUGCUGAAGUCCCUCCAGAAAAGAACAAAGACAGAGGGAAGAAAGGAAAGAAGGAGAAAGGCCCCAAGAAACAACCCCUGGAGGUGUCUACCAGGCCUCCCAAGAAAGGAAAGGAGAAGCCACCCAAGGCCACCAAGAAGCCCAAGGAGAAGCCACCCAAGGCCACCAAGAAGCCCAAGGAAAAGCCACCCAAGGCUACUAAGAAGCCCAAGGAGAAGCCACCCAAGGCUACUAAGAAGCCCAAGGAGAAGCCACCCAAGGCUACUGAGAGGCCCUUGGCAGGAAAGAGGCUCUCAACUGUGGCCCCCUUAGAAACGCUGGAGUGGCCACUACCCCCACCCUCCAACCCCAGCCCCAAGGAGCUACCACAGGAGAGAGGAAAAGCCUUCCCGAAUACCUGGCAGGGUCAAGGAGAGGGGACCCAGAUGGAGGCCAAGGAGCACCAGCCGGAGCCAGAGGAGGAGACCGAGGCACCCACACUGGACUACAAUGACCAGAUAGAGAGAGAGGAUUAUGGGGACUUCGAAUACAUCCGGCGCCAGAAGCAACCCAAACCAACACCCAGCAGGAAGAGGCUCUGGCCAGGGCGCCCUGAGGAGAAGGCUGAAGAGCCAGAAGAAAGGAAGGAAAUUGAUCCACCUCUGAAGCCCAUGCUGCCCCCUGACUAUGGGGACGGCUACUUGAUCCCCAACUAUGACGACAUGGACUAUUACUUUCCCCAUCCUCCACCACAGAAGCCAGAUGGUGGACAUGAGGUGGAUGAAGAAAAGGAGGAAAUGAAGAAACCCAAAAAGGAGGGCAGCAGCACCAAGGAGGAGACAGAGGACAAGUGGGCUGUGGAGAAAAACAAGGACCACAAAGGGCCCCGGAAGGGCGAGGACCUGGAAGAAGAGUGGACUCCGGUGGAGAAAAUCAAGUGCCCACCUAUUGGGAUGGAAUCACACCGCAUUGAGGACAACCAGAUCCGUGCCUCCUCCAUGCUGCGCCACGGCCUGGGAGCUCAGCGGGGCCGCCUCAACAUGCAGGCUGGUGCUAAUGAAGAUGAUUACUACGAUGGGGCAUGGUGUGCUGAGGACGAGUCGCAGGCCCAGUGGAUCGAGGUGGACACCAGAAGGACGACUCGGUUCACAGGCGUCAUUACCCAGGGCCGAGAUUCCAGCAUCCAUGACGACUUUGUGACCACCUUCUUCGUGGGCUUCAGCAAUGACAGCCAGACCUGGGUGAUGUACACCAAUGGCUAUGAGGAAAUGACCUUCUAUGGGAACGUGGACAAGGACACACCUGUACUGAGUGAGCUUCCUGAACCAGUUGUAGCCCGUUUCAUCCGCAUCUAUCCUCUCACCUGGAAUGGUAGCCUGUGCAUGCGCCUGGAGGUGCUGGGCUGCCCUGUGACCCCUGUCCACAGCUACUAUGCACAGAAUGAGGUGGUAACCACUGACAGCCUGGACUUCCGGCACCACAGCUAUAAGGAUAUGCGCCAGCUAAUGAAGGUGGUAAAUGAGGAGUGCCCUACAAUUACCCGCACGUACAGCCUGGGCAAGAGUUCACGGGGGCUCAAGAUCUACGCGAUGGAGAUCUCAGACAACCCUGGGGAGCACGAGCUGGGGGAGCCUGAGUUCCGCUACACAGCUGGGAUCCAUGGCAACGAGGUGCUAGGCCGAGAGCUCCUGCUACUGCUCAUGCAGUACAUGUGCCAAGAGUACCGCGAUGGGAACCCCAGAGUGCGCAGCCUGGUGCAGGACACGCGGAUCCACCUGGUGCCUUCACUGAACCCUGACGGCUAUGAGGUGGCCGCACAGAUGGGCUCAGAGUUUGGGAACUGGGCACUGGGGCUCUGGACUGAGGAGGGCUUUGACAUCUUUGAGGACUUCCCAGAUCUCAACUCUGUGCUCUGGGCAGCUGAGGAGAAGAAAUGGGUCCCCUACAGGGUCCCUAACAAUAACCUGCCAAUCCCUGAACGCUACCUGUCCCCAGAUGCCACGGUAUCCACAGAAGUCCGGGCCAUCAUUGCCUGGAUGGAGAAGAACCCCUUCGUGCUGGGUGCAAAUCUGAAUGGUGGUGAGCGGCUUGUGUCUUACCCCUAUGACAUGGCUCGGACACCUAGCCAGGAGCAGCUGUUGGCAGCAGCCAUGGCAGCUGCCCGUGGAGAAGAUGAUGAGGAGGCAUCUGAGGCCCAGGAGACCCCAGAUCAUGCUAUUUUCCGCUGGCUGGCCAUCUCUUUCGCCUCUGCCCAUCUCACCAUGACCGAGCCCUACCGGGGAGGGUGCCAGGCGCAGGACUACACCAGCGGCAUGGGCAUUGUCAAUGGGGCCAAGUGGAAUCCUCGGGCUGGGACUUUCAAUGACUUUAGCUACUUGCACACUAACUGCCUGGAGCUCUCUAUUUACCUGGGCUGUGACAAGUUCCCUCAUGAGAGUGAGCUGCCCCGUGAGUGGGAGAACAACAAGGAGGCGCUGCUUACCUUCAUGGAGCAGGUGCACCGUGGCAUUAAGGGUGUGGUGACAGAUGAGCAAGGCAUUCCCAUUGCCAAUGCUACCAUCUCCGUGAAUGGCAUCAACCAUGGUGUGAAGACAGCAAGUGGGGGAGACUAUUGGCGCAUCCUGAACCCUGGUGAGUACCGUGUGACGGCCCACGCAGAGGGCUAUACCUCAAGUACCAAGACCUGCAAUGUGGACUAUGAUAUUGGCGCCACCCAGUGCAACUUCAUCCUGGCCCGCUCCAACUGGAAGCGCAUUCGGGAGAUCCUGGCUUUGAAUGGGAACCGGCCCAUCUUCCGCGUUGACCCCUCAAGACCCAUGACCCCCCAGCAGCGGCGCAUGCAGCAGCGCCGUCUCCAGUACCGGCUCCGGAUGAGGGAACAGAUGCGGCUGCGCCGCCUCAAUGCCACCACAGGCCCUACCACAAGCCCCACCCCUUCCCCUACGCCCCCCUCUUCCCCUACAUCAGGUGUUACGUGGAGACCCUGGGAAACCACAACCACUGCAGGCUGGGGGGAGUCCGAGACUGAGACCUACACAGAAAUAGUGACCGAGUUUGGGACCGAGUAUGGGACUGAGCUGGAGGAGGAGGAAAUCGAAGAGGAGGAGGAGGAAGAGGAGAUGGUCACAGGCCCCACGUUUCCGUUCACAACAGUGGAGACCUACACAGUGAACUUUGGGGAUUUCUAAGACUGGGAUCCCAAUGCCUGGCCUAAUUCAAACUAAGACAGCACUUCUCAAGUCUGUGCUGGCUGACACACAGCCAUCAGAGGUCCCCUGGAUAGGCCCUCCUCCCCAGUGUGGGACAGCAAGGCCACCAGGAUUCCACAGCCAAAGCCUAUGCAGAAGCUCCAGUUCUACCUGCCAGCCUUUGGGGAGGGGCAGGCAAGGAAGCCACAGUCACAUCAAUAAAACAAGCUCAAGGCACCAACUGCCUGUUCUGCCCAGCGGGAGGAGAAGAGGCUGGCUGGCUGGGGUCUCUCCCUGUCAGUCCCGUCCCACACAUGCCCAGAUGCUCAAGGUUCAGACCUGUAAAAAUUCAUGGUUUAUUUACAGGGCUCACAUGGCAAGGGGGAAUGGCCCAGCUGCCUCUCAUCAGGGACCCAGCCCCAGGUCUUCCAGCUCAUCGUGUUCUGCUCCAAAGCCUGCAAAGCUGAUAGGCUGGCAGGCCAGGCUGCGUAGGUUUACCAGGCAGGCAGUCUGUGUGGAACUAAAGUCAGGAACGGCCACCAACAGUACCACCUGGUCCUCAGGACCUGCAAGACAAUCGUAUAGGGCCCUCCUUAGGUUCUGGUAAGGCCUGCCUUACAGGGAAGUCCCCACAGUUG